CUGCCGGCUCUGUCAGUCAGUCAGACGGAGGGGCUGUGGAGAGAGAGGCAUGAGGCAGGCAGCAGAUUCCUCGCUGUCAGAGUUUUCAGCGUUUAGAGACACAGAACCCGGAAGGCUUGAAAGGCAGCCUGCCAGGGCCAGAGAGGGAGUGAGCAAGGCACACCAGACGCUCUGAAAGUGCUACAGACAGGAGCAGCAGCUGCAACUACAGCAAGCUUUCCCCACAACAAACUCAGACCUGCGCAGGAGCUUUGCUCUUCAGGACCUCCAUCUACCAGCUUCGUAGCAGUCCUUUGUGAUCCCAAAAGCCAGCGAUGGAGACCCCGUCUCAGAAGCGCAGUAGCCGUGGUGGGGCGACCACCGUGCUCUCGCCCGCCCGCAUCACCAGGCUGCAGGAGAAGGAGGACCUGUGCAACCUGAACGAUCGUCUGGCCGUUUACAUCGAUAAGGUGCGCUCCCUGGAGGCGGAGAACGCCGGACUGAGGCUCCGCAUCACAGAGUCUGAGACGGAGAUCAGCCGGGAGAUGGGCGGCAUGAAGGUGGCGUACGAGACCGAGCUGGCCGACGCCCGCAAGACCCUGGACUCCGUGGCCAAGGAGAGAGCCCGGCUGCAGCUGGAGCUCAGCAAGGUGCGCGAAGACUACAAGGAGCUGAAGGCCAGGAACAGCAAGAAGGAGGCUGAUCUGGAGGCAGCUUUGGCCAGACUGAAGGAUCUGGAGGCUCUUCUAAACUCCAAGGAUGCUUCUCUUACCACAGCACUGGGUGAGAAGAGGUCCCUGGAGGUUGAAGUUAGGGAUCUGAAGGCCCAGCUGGCUAAGCUGGAAGGCAGUCUGAAUGAUGCUAAGAAGCAGCUGCAGGACGAGAUGCUGAGGAGAGUGGAUGCGGAGAACCGCAUUCAGACUCUUAAGGAGGAGCUGGAGUUCCAGAAGAACAUCUACAAUGAGGAGCUGCGGGAGUCUAAGCGCCGCCAUGAGUCUCGCAUUGUGGAGAUCGACUCCGGUAAGCAGCAGGAAUUUGAGAGCAAGCUGGCGGACGCGCUGACCGAGCUCCGUGGGCAGCAUGAGGAACAGCUACGUAUUUAUAAGGAGGAGAUUGAGAAGACCUACAAUGCCAAGCUGGAGAAUGCUCGUCAGUCUGCGGACAGGAAUAGUCAUCUGGUGGGUGCGGCUCAUGAGGAGCUGCAGCAGACACGCGUGCGGUUGGAGAGCAUGUCUGCUCAGCUGUCUCAGCUCCAGAAACAGCUGGCUGCGCGAGAGGCUAAAGUGCGAGAGCUGGAGGAGGCUCUGUCCCGAGAGAGGGAUAUGAUGCGCCGGCGUCUGGAUGAGAGGGAGAGAGAGAUGUCGGACAUGCGUCAGCGCAUGCAGCAGCAGCUGGACGAGUACCAGGAGCUGCUGGACAUCAAGCUGGCGCUGGACAUGGAAAUCAGUGCCUACAGGAAGCUGCUGGAGGGAGAGGAGGAGAGGCUGCGUCUCUCCCCCAGUCCUCCUCCUACUCGGGUGACCUCCGUCACUCGCACCUCAGGUUCAGGUACUCACACUCAGACCCGCGUAGCUCAGAGCAGCAGCAGCCGCACCUCCUCCGGCAGUGCCAAGAAACGCCGCCUCAACGAUACGGACAGCGAGGCUUCCAGUGUAGCAGGAGGAAUGGUCACUCGCACCCGCAUCACUCAGCAAGCCUCAGCCAGCGGCCGCAUCACCGUGGACGAGGUGGACCUGGAGGGCAAGUUCGUCCGCCUUAGCAACAAAGCUGAUCAGGACCAGUCGCUGGGCCACUGGCAGGUGAAGAGGCAGGUGGGAACCAGCACUCCAAUUAUCUACAAGUUCCCUCCCAAAUUUACCCUCAAAGCUGGACAGUCUGUCACGAUCUGGGCAUCUGGAGCUGGUGGGACUCAUAACCCUCCAUCUGAUCUGGUGUGGAAGACUCAGAACUCGUGGGGCAGUGGAGAUCUCUUCCAGACCACUCUGAUUAGUGCCAACGGAGAGGAGAUGGCAAUGAGGAAAGUCACGCGUACACUAUUCCAGGAAGAUGAUGAUGAAGAAAUGGCAGCUCACAGUACGUGUGCAGACAGCGAGUAUAACCUGCGCAGCCGCACGGUGGUCUGUGGCUCUUGUGGGCAGAUGUCGGACAGGAACACCGGCAGCGGUGUGACUGCGAGUUCUGCAGUGUCCAGCGCUACCCGCUCUUUCAGCAGUGGAGGAGGAGGACUGCCCGAGGGCCUGGUCUCCCACUCCCACUCCCACUUUAUCAUGGGUAGUGGCCAACCUAGACAGGGAGGACCUAAACCAGAGAACUGCUCCAUCAUGUAAAGUAAAGGGAUGGCCGUGAUGUCUGCCCAGUUCAGGAUGUGCUUUUUGCACCGUGUAACCUGGGAUAAAUUUUUUUCUAACUUCUAGCCAUUGAGAUUUUUUUAUUUUUUCAUACUUUAUACCUAAAUCAGUCUUAUUUUGUAUGUAGUAAUUUGCGGGGUAGAUGAAUAGCUUUUGUAUGGCUGAGGGCUUGGAGGCAGCUUGGGUGCUUAUAUAGGGUUUGUGUAUAUAUACAGUAUUGUAUGUUAGUCUUGCAUGUGGGCUGGACUGCUGCUUUUUGUAAAGCCAUGUUCAGGGAGAGAGGUUAACAGAGCACUUGAACACUUAUCCAGAGACAAGGAUCCGCCUUAGACUUUCCUAUCAGAUGCUGUCACAACUCAACGCGCACAUCACGGUAUCCCUGUCUGCACGUUUACUCCAAUAGGAUUGGGAGAGUAUUUGAAUGUACUGUAAAGCCAUAUUUCAACACUUUGUACCAAAUAUUUCCACAAUACACAGUAGAGGCCAACUGUUCAACAUGUGAUCAUGUAAUCAUGUACUCAUGAAAUCAUGAAGCUUUUUUUUAGUGCCUUUACAGCUUUAAGUGUCUUGAUGGUACAGUUUUCCAGUGAUAGUGUUCUGAUAUUGAGGGAAAAAAAUUUAAAAUGAAUGUUGAUUAAAAUUCUAGGAGAGGAAUAUAUGAAAGAUUUAAUUGAGGUUUGAUUGAUUUUGAAAGUUUCCAGACCAGAGGGGCUGAUUUAUGUAAUUAUUUAAUUUUGAAGAUGCAACAUUCAUUAUUUAUAAUGAAUAUAUAGAUAUAUAAUAAAGAUUUUGUGUAGGUAAAAAAUAAAUGGAAUUAAAUGAAUUCUGAAUUUAUUUCUUUAAGGGUGUUUGUUGGACUCCUAUGGUAGAUGGGUUGGGUUUGGUUUGGAAGGCUCUUGCAUGGACAGAUGGAAGUGUUGGUUUAUUAGUGUUCUCAGUCCUCUCUCUUGCAGCAGCUAUGGCUUUAAUUGGGGGUGUUGAGUUUUCCUCCUGGUGCGUAAAACCACACUAUCCUCUGUGUACAUCCUAAAAUCUUCAGGUCUGGUUAUCGGCUAACUGUGCUGCUGAGAACGGAUGCUGUAGAAUCUAAUGGAAAUGUGUGGAGGGUGCUUCAUAUAACUUCUAUAUAACACUACUAUUAGCCUGUUAGUACAGUGCUCAGAGAGGCUGUGUUUAGACUGCAAGCAAAGCUGCUUUUUUCUCAAAUUAAAUCUGUUGAAAUGAUUGAAAUGACUGUCUGCACUGUUAUUUGCGAUUGGAUUUGUGUGUCUAAACAUCACAAACAAAUAUACUAGUAACUUUGCAUUGUUUGUUGUGGAUCUGGAUUUAUUCAGGUAACUAAUCUGGAUACCAUCUUAAUAAUCCAAAAAUCUGAUUUGAUUUUGCCAGUCUAAACACAGCUUUAUGCAAACUAUGAUCUAUCUGUCUUUAAUACUGUAACAGCAGGUGAACUGGACACUUCUUCUAGCUUGGCUGAAGCUUCUUUUUGUUCCUUUUUGUGCACUGCUUGUGGGAUGCUUUAUAUUUGAUCAGGUUGAGCAGGAGAGCGACAUUUUCUGCAUUUACAAACAGAAUUAAGAGCAACUGUGAUUUUUACCUUUGGGUUGAGGCAAAUCAGCACCACUGAUACCACUUUUGGAAACAAAAGCAUUUGAUAGAUUGGACGAGUGAUAAGAACGGAAUAAAGAAGAGCAAACACUUCAUAGAAACAUUUUUGUUUUAUUGUUUUGUAAAAUCCAAAGAUUUUUUUUUGUUAAAAAAAAAAAAAAGCAAGUAUGGGGGCGGUUUAGUAAAUGCAUUAUUGCUUCAUUUUGUUUCCCCCUCAAGACCAUGGAAGUCUGAAGUUGUUCAUGUAGUUAAAAAAGCUUUUUCGUAUGUAGUAGUUUAGAUCUGCAUUGCUUACAUAGAGGUCUUUUGUUUUGUUCUUUGUUUUGUUUUCUUUUUUUAAAUAAAGACCUGUACUGAAAAUGUUGGUAUAAACAGUGCCUUUCAUUAAAAAAAAAGAAAUAAAAAAUG